ACGGACUGAAAUAAACAUUUAUAUGGACCCAGUGAGGUUCCGUGAACUAAGACACAUUCAGCAGUUAAUCUGUUUUUCGUGCCUCACAUGGCUGGGCGACUGCUGAAAGUCUCAUCUGUGGCUGCUGGAGUCUUUGCCUCAUCUGGAUUCUACCUGUACAACCAGAAAGUUGACCUCAAUGACCUCAGCAUCGUCAGAUUUGGCAGGGCGGCCGCCACGACGGCUGUCAUCAGUUAUGACUACCUCACGGCAUUCAGAGACGUUCAGUAUGGGACAGAGAAAUACUGGGCGCUCAGAUCUGAGGUCCACAGACGCUCAGCGGAGAGGCUCAAGGACCUGUGCUGUGCUAACCGCGGCACAUUCAUUAAGGUAGGGCAGCACCUGGGUGCCCUGGACUACCUCCUACCUGAAGAGUACACCAGCACCCUCAAGAUCCUGCACAGUAGGGCGCCUCAGAGCAGCAUGGAGGAGAUCCAGCAGGUCAUCAGAGAAGACCUGGGCAAGGAGCUGGAGCAGCUGUUCAUCAGCUUUGAGGAGAAGCCCCAAGGGGCAGCGUCUUUAGCACAGGUCCACAAGGCGGUUCUGCCCGACGGCAGGACAGUGGCUGUCAAAGUACAGCAUCCAAAGGUCCAGGCUCAAAGUUCCAAGGACAUUGUUGUGAUGGAGUUCCUGCUGCAGGUGGUCCACUGGCUCUUCCCUGACUUUGCAUUCAUGUGGCUGGUGGAGGAGGCUAAGAGGAACAUGCCUCUGGAGCUUGACUUCCUCAAUGAGGGCCGAAACGCUGAGAAAGUGGCCUGCAUGCUCAAGCAAUUUGAGUUUCUUAAGGUACCGAAAAUCCACUGGGAUCUUUCAACCAAGCGUGUUCUGACCAUGGACUUUGUGGAGGGAGGGCAGGUCAACGAUCGAGAGUACAUGAGAACGCACAGCAUAGACGUCAAUGAGAUUUCCCGGAACUUGGGCAAAAUGUACAGCGAGAUGAUAUUUGUGAACGGCUUUGUACAUUGUGACCCCCACCCCGGUAACGUGCUGGUGAGAAAGUGCCCGAAAAGCAAUAAGACGGAAAUUGUUUUACUCGAUCACGGCUUGUAUCAGGUGCUGAACCAGGACUUCCGCAUGGACUACUGUAGACUGUGGCAGAGUCUGAUAAAAGGGGACAUGAAGGGCAUAGAGCGGUACAGCAGGCGUCUGGGUGCCGGAGACCUGUACCCGCUGUUCGCCUGUGUUUUAACUGCCCGCUCCUGGACCUCGGUCAGCACAGGAAUCAGCCAGACUCCCGUCACUCACGCUGAGGAUGUUGAAAUUCGUACGAACGCAGCACUGUAUCUCCCUCAGAUCAGUGAUCUGUUGAACAGAGUGCCCCGGCAGAUGCUGCUGCUGUUGAAGACCAAUGACCUGCUGCGGGGCAUCGAGGCUGUCCUGCAGACCCGUGCCAGCUCCAGCUCCUUCCUCAACAUGUCCCGCUGUUGCACACGCGCCAUUGCCAGUUAUAAAAGAAGCAAGACCAAGUCGAGGACCAGGCGCCUGAAGAUUUCUUUAGCGGAGACUGUUUCUCUAUGGCAGAUCAGCCUUUAUGAGCUCAUGUUGUGGAUCCAGAGCUCAGUGUUGGCCCGCUGGAUCUGCUCCAUGCUCAGCUACUUGCCCUACACACACACUGAGUGACCCAGGCGAGGGCCAGUCCACUGCCUGUCUGCCUCUCAUACAUACAAACUGUACCAGUAGCUUGGGUAAGGAUGGAUGGAUGGAGAGAUAAUAUUACAGGAAAACUGUUCUUCUACCAUGUGACGUGGAGUCAACUGAUCAUUGCUGUAUAUCAUUCACAAGAACUGUAUGUCAGUAGUUUGAAUGAGCAUAAUCAGUAGCUCAAUAAGUUUUUACUGUGAAUAACUGUCAUCACAACAUAAAAUGCAGUAUAUUUGAUACAGAUCAUGAAGAGGGCAACAUAAGGAUGACCAGAUAGGAUGAUCACAACAUGGAGCAUCUUCUUCUAGCAUGUUUACUCUCAUAGUGUCUGAGACACACAAGAUUUAUAGUACUGUAUGUGUGCUUAUGUGCAUUUUUUCAAGUGUCAAAUAGUGUUUUUUGUGUGUGGGGAGUAAAUGAGGACAUAGAUGUG